GCCUUUACGAGAGCUGUUUCACAGCUCUGACUGGCCAGGCGGGACGAAAGAGUUUUUGAGUCAGUUAACAGCGGUUUAGGAACUGUUAUUUUCCAAGCUACUGUAGCUUUCAUAUAUCACUCGUGUGAGUGUCUCUUAGUUGAUGACCCAUCAUUGGUGGUCUUUAAUGUAGGUACGUAAAGUAUCACGCACUUCUCGCAGGCGUUCAGGGCGCCAAGUGUAAAUGAAAGAGCCACCGUCCUCCCUAUUCCAAGUACGUGUGCCACCAAAAAAGAUUUUAAAGUUGUUAUUUUCAGGUAAAAUAGCUGCACAAUGUUAAUUCAUCCAUGUUUUCAGUCAGUGACCUUUGUUGACCUCCACUGCUGACCAUUCAGAGCUGCAGUAACCGCAACAAUGGUAUCUGUUCCCUGUCAUUGGUAGGACUUAAAUUAAAUUAAAACUUUACUUUCAUGGGCCAUGUCAAGUAAUUUAUUAACUGACAACCCAUGUUUUAUUUUAACUGUAAGUUCAAAACAGAAUAAAGUUAAAAAAAAAAAAAAAAAAAAGAAAAAAAAAACCUGGUGUAGGAGCUGUAUACACUAUAAAAAAGGUUACUAACUGUAAACAAAUAGACAUGGAUCAAAAUUUACAACUAUGGCUGAUUUUAUUUACAGUCCUUGCAGCCAUCAAACCUUUGGUUAAGUUAAUAUUUAACCACAAUAAAAUCCUGAGCCAUAAAUACUUGAGGUGGUUUGAUCUUCAAACACCUUUGGAUAGGCUACCUACAAUAAAUUGAAGUCAGUGUUUAACACUUAAUAUUCAGCCUGAUAACGUCUCCCAACAGCAUGUGAACCUCUGCAGCCUCCACCUAUUGUCAAGUUGUGUCAUGUUCAGGCGUCAGCAGUCGACGUUUCCUCCCCUGCUCCUUCACAGGACGACGCCUUCCGACGUGGGCUGCGCCGAAACUCUGAAGAAACUCACCUGUCAGGAAACAGGACGAGCUCCGAAGGAGAAGCCAGCGACCUCGUCUCAACCCAGCAACCUGCCGAAGGUCUGACAAUGUGAACUCGCUGAGUGACCUGCUGUUGUUUUAAGGAGCUGCUGACUUUUUGAACCGCAGCUGGGACGUUUAGGGCCCCGCGGACAGUUUAGUUUCUUUAAACAAAGUUAUAACUGUAAGGGACUUCCGGGUAUGGAGUCAAACAGCUGGAGAAGAGCCAGCAUGGACAACAUAGAGCUGCUGCCGGUAUCGACGAAUGGGAACGAUGGACGGGUGUCAGCAGGUAAUGGAGAUGGUGUGCCCUCUAGGAACCCUGAUGCAACAGAGAGAGAUGCGUUGCUUACGGGACAGAGUACUGGUCAAAAUGGGCAGAUGGUGCCCGAUGGCAAUGCAGCAGAAGCUCAAAGGGAUCUGGAAAAUGCAUGCACUCCGCAUAAGAUUAGCGCCUUGAGCAGGAUAAAGGGAGAGCUGAAGGAGGUCGUCUUCUGGAAAAUCAGACUAUGGAUGGUCAUCAUCUUCAUCUUCCUCCUCAUCUGCGCUGUGAUUAUAAUUUCGCUGGCUGUGUGCGCAUCGUUUUACAAGGACCCGGAUGAUGACUUUGACCCUUCAUUGUUUAAAGUUCCUCGGUAUUUCAACGGGAGCUUCCAACUGCCAAAUCUGGUGUUCACGGAGGAACUUUCCAACCUUUCCACCAGUAAAAGCCAAGAACUCGCUGCUGAUUUUCAAGAAAAGCUGGCUGACCUUUACAGAUCCUCCCCUGCUCUGGGAAGAUACUUCUCCAAAGCGGAGAUCUCUGCUCUCAGAAACGGUCCAGUCAUCGCUGACUACCAGCUGACAUUUCUCAUGCCUGAAGAAGAGCAGGAUCAGCUGAGAAACUUUACUCUGAGCCGGGAAAUGGUGUACAACGUGUUCAGACAGUUCCUAUAUGACCAGGAGUCAGAUGAGUCAAAGCCAAUGUACAUAGAUCCAGUUUCGCUGAUCAUGUUUUUAACACACUAAUGCCAAACGUUCUCAAACAGAUAGGACAUCUGUACCUUGCUUUCUUUGUCAUUUAAGACACUCAGCACACUUCUCUCACAGUGUGUGGUUGUUUGUAACGCAUGAUUUGUCACACCUCUGUGUGAUUCUCCCAUGAGUCUGUACAAAUGUUGCAUGAUGCAUCUUUACUGCAGAAACAUGCAUAACCACAGGCCCACAAACCCAAAGUGACUGUAGGUCAUAUGGAUGGUCUCAUUGUGUGCUUUGUUCAAUAAGCUUUUAAGAUGGUGCCUAAUUAAACCAAUCAACAGUGCAGUACAUAUCAGGUAAAAUUGACAUCUGCCUACUGUCAAACUGAUUGGUAACUCCCAAGAGAUUGGCAGCAAGAAUCUAGGCUUCUGAAAUAUAUAUUUUAUAUAUUGUGUUUUUCAUUUUAUUGUGUAUUACUGUGCCUUCUUUAACUGCAGGUGCAUUAAGUGUAAGAGUAUUGGUAUAAAUGUAUGUGCUGUAAGUAUUUAUAUUCAUUCCCUGACCUUCACUGUAAUUUGUUUUUGUAAAAUAUACUUUAUAACCAUUUGUAAAAAAAACCAAAAAAAAAACGGUGGCUGUGUUUUUUUUAUGGAAAUACACAUGUUGAUAUUUGUAUAUCCGUACCAUUUUUUUCGGUCAGCAGACACGAUUUGCAAAUCAAAAUUCAUUAACUGUAAAAUAUUUGCCUUGAGAGCAACAAACAUUGCAGGAGCUUUAGAGAACUGUGCAGGGAAAUUAGCCUGCAAUCAUUUUGUAAGUGUAGGCUAUACAAGCCUAUGUAAAACUAUAUAUGUUAUACACAAAGAAUCCAUACUUUGUACAGUACAUUUGUUUGUUGUGGUUGUUCAAUAUAUACAACAGGACUCAGCUUUUGCCUUCUUUAACUGGCUGUAUUUCUAAUCAUAGGGUUUAACAGUAGAGGGAGUGCCUGUCCCACAUGCAAAUGAACAGUAAAUGUUUUUUUGUCUACAUUGAUUUUCUUCUUGAGUAGUGUUAGAAGCAGGUUGUUGCAUUUAAUAGCACAGGUGUUAUAUAACAUUUCUAUAAACUCAGUAUGUCAGAUUGCAGUCUGUUUCCUGGCAGCGAUCGCAUCAACGUGUCUGUCCUCCAGUAAGAUCACAGUUGUGAUUAAUGACCGCCAAAUAUUAACAGUCACUCUAUCACCAGAUUGUUAAUUAGCCGUCACUUCAGCUGGUUGCACUCGGUGAGACUUGAUGGAAAGAUUUGACGCUUGAGCCAACUAAGACACUAAUUGCCAAGUAGUUUUGUUUAUCAGUUCAUUUUUGUGGUGAGUAUAAUGAUUAAGGUUGUAAGUAAUGGUUUGAUCAUGUAAGAUACAAUAUGUAAGGCCUGUAUUUUCUCAAAUAAAGUAUAUUUUUGCAGUUACGGUAUUUGUCACUGCUGAAA